AUGUCAGGAAACUCUGGAUGCCCCUUUUUUCUCUGGGGACUUCUAGUCUUCUUGGGUUUGGCUCUGGUUAUAUCGCUGAUCUUCAAUAUUUCCCACUUGGUGGAAAAGCAGCGACAAGAUAAAGUAUACAGAUACUCUGAUGACUACAUUCCCAGGGAUGAUGAAUAUUAUAUUGAAGACACACCAGUUUAUGGUAAUUUAAAUAAUAUAAGCCCAGAACCAGUGGAUGAAAAUUGCUAUGAACAAAUGAAAGCCCAACCAGAGAUAUCUGUAAAUGAGAUGCAAGAACACACCCCAUCUGCACAGGCAAUGGCUGAAACACAGAUGUGCUACGCAUCACUUAAUCACAGCUUUAAGGGGAAGCACAGAAAGCCCAGGAAACAGAAUCCCUACUUGUCAGACAAGGAUGAAGAUGAGCAGUUACAUGCACUGCAUACCAGUGUGUCUAAGAGCACUUUGGUGGACCGUUUCUCACCAGAAAACCAGGCAAUAGAGGAAAACAUUCAUGACGACCCUAUCAGAUUGUUUGGAUUGAUUCGUGCUAAGAGAGAACCUGUAAGCUAGCUGGACUAUGACCUUGCUCAGUGAUUUGGCAGGAAAUCAUAGAGAUGGUU